AUACAUGGCAUGAUCACCAUAGCUUCGAGCUCACUCCCCCUGUGAUGCCUGCACCUUCUCACCCUCUUUCAUGUGACCUUCUUCCUCCCUGUCAUCUCGCCUGUGAUCUGCGUCAAUUCAUCUCCUUCUACUUUUCUCUUUAAUAUAACACACAUAUUCCGUAUAUAUAUCCGUGCAUUUCUUCCAUUGUUGUGCUGCUACCUAGCUUCAUCCGCCAUAUAUAGCUUCCGUUUACGAUCAACAACUUAACAGCAUACAAGAUCAGAUCAUAUCAAGAACAUAUAUAUAAUUAACUCAAGUUGCCAUGAUGAAGGGCUGCGCUGCUACUCUUCUGAUCAUCAUUCUUCUCCUCUUUUCCCCGUUUGCCAUGCCUGCUAGGCGUAUCGGAAAGUUCAACCCAAAUGAGAGGCACGGCGGCGAGGAGUCAUCGGCGGCGGCACAGCUUGGCCGGAAAACGACGAUGAUGAUGCAGAAAAGAGGAGAUACGCUAGAGAUAGCGGGAUCAAGAUUGCCAGAUUGCUCUCACGCGUGUGGAUCGUGCCACCCGUGUAGACUAGUGAUGGUUAGCUUCGUGUGCUCCACUCUUGAAGAAGCUGAGACUUGUCCCAUGGCGUACAAAUGCAUGUGCCACAACAAGUCCUAUCCUAUUCCUUAAUCGCGCUUUCUACUUUCACUUUUUUUGUAACAUAAUAUAGGUAGCUACCUAGGUCUUCGAUCGUUUUAGAAAAAAAUAUUUACUUGAUGAGCUAAUUAAUUACGUAGGCGUAGCUGCAGCUAGGUUGGGUACGGUGUACGUAGUUUCAAUAAAUUAAUUAAACUACUGCAUGCAUGUGUAUUUCCAUGUUUGUGUACCAAGUUUAUUAUAUGUUCUUA